UGAGCUCACCAGUGUCCCUUCCUGUUUAGGUUGUGUUUAUUGUCUAAACUACACUUCUUAUCUCGGCUGCAUCCCGCGUGAGGAGGAGGAGGGCUCGCGGAGCGCUCGCGCUCUGUGAUGGGACUACAGAUCCGUUAGUAUCCGGAGCUUCCUCUGCUUCCAUCAUGGCUCCCUCGCUGGACCGACAAGGAUACUGGGGGCGGCCGACCUCCACGCUGGACUGGUGCGAGGAAAAUUACAUCGUCUCUUUUUACAUCGCGGAAUACUGGAACACUGUCAGCAACCUGAUCAUGAUUCUUCCUCCGAUCUACGGGGCCUUCCAGACGUUCCGCGACGGCCUGGAGUUUCGCUACAUCUGCUCCUUCCUGGGGCUGGCAGCUGUGGGCGUUGGUUCCUGGUGCUUCCACAUGACGCUGCUGUAUGAGAUGCAGUUGCUGGACGAAUUGCCCAUGAUUUACAGCACGUGUGUCUUCGUCUACUGUCUAUAUGAGUGCUUCAAACAAGAGAACACCAUCAGCUUCUUUCCCAUAGCGUUGUUAUUAAUCUUUAGCACAUCAGUCACUUUGGUGUACUUACAGUGGAAGGAGCCCGUGUUUCACCAGGUCAUGUAUGGUGCUCUGGUGGCGUGCCUAGUGAUGCGCUCCAUCUUCAUUGUUACAUGGGUAUACCCAUGGCUCAGGCCGCUGUGUUACACCUCUUUAGGCAUCUUCCUGCUGGGCUUUCUGCUGUGGAACAUUGAUAAUAUCUUCUGUGACUCAUUAAGAGCCAGCAGAAAAAUGCUGCCCCCUGGUGUUGGAGUGAUACGAUCUACCUACCUCAAAUAUAGACCAAAAGUUAAGUUUCUGUGUGGAGUCUGGCCCACGUUGCACAUUGAGCCACAAAGGAUGAGCUGAAAUGGAGGGAUGGGGAGCAGCUGAAGGAUGGUGACUGCCAACUCCAGACGCCAGUGGCACAGGGACCUGCCAGAGCCGCCCUGCCCCUGCUGGAGAGCCAGCCCACAGCCAGGCAGGUGGACCCCCCAGCACCACCCCGGGGACCCCGCGCUUUUGGAUUAUGGGGAUUACCUCGCUGCUACUACCUAGCGCUGAAUCCAGUCUCACGAGAUGGAAAUUUUGUUCGUUUUUUUUUGUUUUUUUUAAAUCUGUCGUAAUUUAUUAGAUUAGCUCUUUUUGUAAUUUUAUUGAAGUGCAGUUAUUUUAUUUGCUCCACUGGAAUGGUGAAAAUUUGAAGGGAUCAUGGUGUCGCUGUGUCAAAAUCCACAUUUUUAAAUGUUAUUAUGAUAUUAAUAAUGCUAAUAAUCAUCUCUUAAACUAAAACGUAUUUAAGUAUGUCCAAGUUAUCACAAAAUCCUGAGAGGUCUGCUUGAAACACACUGCUGUGCUGUCCCACGAUAAUGAAGCAUCACACUGUGAACCUGGGAUGUGCUCACUCAUUGAUCAAAGGCUUAAUCCACUUCGCAGCACCUGUUUUAACAACUGGAACGCCACACUUUUAAAGAUUUUGUUGCCAAAGCUGGGCUGGGAUUUAAAACUGAAGUAUUGAAGUCUUGUAAUUGUUUAUUUUGCUGUUGAUGUGAAACCGCAAGACACUGAUUUUUAGUUUUUUUUUUUUUUUUCCUUUUUAAUUGUUUAGGUUUUCCCUCUUUACACAGAACAAGUGCGUCUAAACUUCACUGGGAGGGCUCUGGGUUUCCUACCUGUAGUAGAGCGCCGGUCAGAGCACAAAGUCCUGACCACUGAGCUAAAAGCUCCCGGAGGAGGAGUGGACUUUCCACCGUCUAAACAAAUCACAUUCACAGCAAUAAUGUGGGAAUAAUGACGCUCCCCCUUCAAGUGACCCGCACUGCUUCAGGGCAUCUUAUUUAACACAAUAUUUAUUAAUCCCCUCUCCUUUUUGUGACGCUAAGCUGCUCACUGAGUGCAGACGCCAUAGAGGAAUACCUCUGUAAAACAACCACUGGGGGGCGUAAAUGUUCAUCCUCUGGCUGCCCGGCUCUGAAGAACUCCAAAUUACCUACAGGCUCUCCAUGUUCUGUGGUUUAGAAAAGAGGGGCCUUUCUUUUCUAUCAUUUGUUCUGCUACUGUGAAUGUGUUUUAGUCAGAUUGGAGGACUCAGCUUGAAGUAACCGUUAACUGGAAGCUCUGCACAUCGUGCGGGAAUUAUGGACGAAACCCUCGUAAACACCCAAAGUAUCUCCUGAAUCGACACACACAUUUUUCUGCAAUGCAUCGGUAGCCAGAGGCCCAGUGUUACAAACAUUCAGAAGCACAAUUACUCAGAAAAAGUAUUUGCAUUGUCCAGAUGUGUGUGUGUUAACUUUCUACUGUUUUCUCGAACUGGCUGCUCAUCAGGAGAGCGGCCAGCUGUCAAAGAGGGUGCCUUAUUGUAAUCCUUGCCGUGUAAUCCAAGUUGCCUUGAUGUUUUGUGAUACACUGUUGUGUUUGUCCCCCUCCCCUGACUGCGAGCGGCCAACAGCGCCAGGAGGAAGAAGGGAAACAGUUCAUGACGCAAAGGCUGCGCCUGAUUCUUUGGCCUUCCGUUCAUUUCACGAGUCCGACCACUCACACAGCUCUUAAGAAGUCAAUAGUCGACACAAAAGCUGAUACUUUCAUGUGUUCUCAGCCAGAGGAGUCGAUUCUGUCAGCAUCCCUUAGUUGAUCACGUCUUUUUUGAUGUCCUGUGCAGUCCAAUAAAGGAAAACAUGUCAGAC